UUAAGAGUGACUAAAUAUUUCAGCCAGAUUCAAAAGUGAUACUGUAAUAAAAAUGAGUGAACUAGUUGAUUCUACUACACCAAGAAGCCCGUUUUCGAGUGCAGGCCGAAUGAUGACUCCUCUGGCUAGCCCGAUGAAAAAGGCCAUAACUAGCAUGCAAACUUAUCUUGAAGAAGUAGGGCACCUCACCAAGCUUGAUCCCCAGGAUUCGUGGCUUCCAAUCACGGAGUCGAGAAACGGGAAUGCUUACUACGCUGCAUUCCACACCCUCAGUUCCGGUAUCGGAUUCCAGGCUCUCCUUCUUCCUCUAGCUUUCACAACCCUCGGCUGGGUUUGGGGAAUUCUCAGCCUGUCUUUGGCAUUCAUUUGGCAAUUAUACACCUUAUGGCUACUGAUACAGCUCCAUGAAUCCGUUCCUGGAACGCGCUACAGCCGAUACCUCAGGCUGUCCAUAGCUGCUUUUGGGGAAAGAUGGGGGAAAAUACUGGCCCUGUUUCCAACUCUUUACCUAGCAGGUGGAACCUGCGUUAGCCUAAUAAUGAUAGGAGGAAGCACAUUGAAAAUCUUUUUCCACACAGUAUGUGGCAAUACUAAUACACUCUCAUUAGUGGAGUGGUACCUUGUGUUUGUGUGCUCAGCAGUGAUCUUGGCUCAGCUCCCCAACCUCAACUCCAUCGCUGGAAUUUCUCUUGUAAGUGCAAUCACCGCGGUGACAUACUGUACUCUAACAUGGGUCCUGUCAGUGUCCAAAGCCAGGCCACCUGGUGUAUCAUAUGAGCCCGUAUGGACGAAAUCGGAAGUUGGGAAUGUUUCAAGCAUUUUAAAUGCUCUUGGAAUCAUAGCGUUUUCUUUCAGGGGCCACAACCUUGUGCUAGAGAUUCAGGGAACCAUGCCUUGGACUGCCAAGAAUCCAUCUAGUUUGCCGAUGUGGAAAGGAGUGAAGGUUUCGUAUAUGAUAAUUGCCUGCUGCUUGUUUCCAAUGGCCGUAGGGGGCUAUUGGGCUUAUGGGAAUUUGAUACCCACGAAUGGAGGGAUGUUGAGUGCGUUGGAUAAGUACCACAGGAACGACACACCAAGGGUGGUUUUGGGGUUGACAAGCCUAUUCUUCGUGAUCAACAGCCUGACCUCAUUCCAGAUAUAUGCCAUGCCAGCCUUUGAUAAUAUGGAGUUCAGGUAUACGAGCAAAAACAACGGGCCAUGCCCAUGGUGGCUGAGAGCAGGUAUAAGAGUGUUUUUUGGCUGCCUCACAUUGUUCAUCUCAGUGGCUCUGCCAUUCUUGAAAAACCUGGCUGGGUUGAUUGGAGGGAUUGCCUUACCUGUUACUCUGGCAUAUCCAUGCUUGAUGUGGAUUAGGAUCAAGAAUCCCCAAAGAUACAGCUCGAUGUGGUGGCUGAAUUGGACACUUGGCUCUCUGGGAAUGAUCUUGAGCAUCCUGCUAGUGUUCGGGGCAAUUUGGACAAUAGCAACCCAAGGAAUCAGGGUCCAUUUCUUCAAACCAGAAUAACUGAAUAAUCAAAUUUUCUGUCUGUCACCUGCACUUUUUACUGAAAAAUUAAUGCCAUCUU